AUGUUUCAAAGAACGAUUAAACCAACUACAGCAUUACUGAGCCGUACAACAUCUAGAGUAUCAGGUGCCACUUUAAUGGCUAAGAGAACUAAAGUGACGCUACCAGAUUUAGAUUGGGAUUUUGGUGAUUUAGAACCUCACAUUAGUGGUCAAAUCAAUGAGAUACAUUAUACUAAGCAUCAUCAAACGUACGUUAAUGGGUAUAAUGCCGCAGUGGAACAAUUUGAAGAUUUGAAACCUAAAUUGGAUACUAAUCCUGUGGAGAUUAGUCAAAAAUUGAUUGCUUUGCAACAAAAUAUUAAGUUCCAUGGGGGUGGGUUUACUAACCAUUGUUUGUUUUGGAAGAAUUUGGCUCCAGAGAAAAAUGGAGGUGGUGAACCACCAAUGGAAUCAAGUGCUUUGGCUAAACAGAUCAAGGAACAAUAUGGAUCUUUGGAUAACUUGAUUAAAGUAACUAACGAGAAAUUAGCUGGAGUACAAGGGUCAGGUUGGGCUUUCAUUGUUAAGAAUGUUAGCAAUGGUGGUAAAUUGGAUGUAGUUCAAACAUACAAUCAAGAUACAGUUACUGGUGUUUUGAAACCAAUAGUAGCCAUUGAUGCCUGGGAACAUGCUUAUUACUUGCAAUAUCAAAAUCAAAAGGCAGACUAUUUCAAAGCAAUUUGGAAUGUUAUCAAUUGGAAAGAAGCUGCUAGAAGAUUUGACAAGGCCUGA